CAAGACGAGGCGACGAUUUAUUUGUUGAUUUUUGUGAGUUGUUUUUGCUGAGAGAUUAUUUAUUAAUGUUUCUUCUUUUCUAUAACAUAGAUGUAAACUCUCUGCAGUUACUGAAAAAUGGCCAAGUUCAUAGAGUUCAGUGGCUUGAAACGGGAACAAUUUCAAGUCAAGUCUAACCUCAAAAACGUUCUUCAUUGCACGAAGUUUUGCGCUUUUUGUUUAGAAAACUCAAAUCUAUUGUUUGAGUUGAGUGACUAUUCGCGAUUCGAUAAGGACAUCAGGUUUUGCAAGUUGGAGCAGAUGGUUUUAGAUAUUUUCGGGAUACAGAUGACUGAUGAUCUACCAAGUAAAUAUGUGUGUGCAUGCUGUAAAGAAAACAUUGAACAGUCUUACAUGUUCAUAAGAAAAGCUAAAAACACAUCAAAAGUACUGAAAGACUAUUUGGACCAGAUUGACCAACAUUUGACAGAAGUUUUCGGUUUGAUCAAAGAUAAUCUUAAUUUUGCUAAUACUGUUAUAGUAUUACAAGAUUAUUCAGAAGCAAACAUAGACAGUGAGAGUUCUAAAGAGGUUUGUACAAACACUGAUGAUAAAUGCUCAAUGCUAUUAGACAACCAACUAACUGAAAACACUACAGAAAAUAUUGAUGAUCAAGGGUAUGUAGAUGAAGAAAACUACUCAACCAAACCUAGCUGGAUAGAAUUAGAAAGCGACAGUGAAGUUUUAGAUGCCCCAUUAAUACAGCAUACAGACAAGAAAUCUCAUAGAAUGAAAACAGAAAUUACUUGCACAGAAUGUGUGUCGCAACCUUGCAUCCAUGAGAAGUAUUUGUACAAACUCAAAGUGAAAAACCAGUUUGAUAACAUCCGCAGUACGUUUGUAAAGUGCGGUGACUGUGAUUAUGUGUGCAACACCAAAGUUGGAUUAUUAGCUCAUGUGAACAAAAUCCACUUGAAUCAUUCUCCGUAUUUGUGUGACAUCUGCGGAGAAUCAUUCCACUCCAAGAUUACCCACUAUUUACAUAUGAGAAAGCAUCCACAACAAGUCAAUACAUGCCAGUAUUGUGACGUAAAAAUUGUAGACAAAGACAGUUACGCUGAACAUGUAAAUAUAUGCCGAAGUAUUGAACGACUCUACAAGUGUAAUACAUGCCCAGCAUCUUUUGAUGACUUAGAUAAAUGUGCCAAACACAUAGAUAAUCACUCAAAACAGUUCACAUGUAAAAUCUGCUCAAAGACUUUUACAAAUGAGACCAUAUUCAAGAAGCACCGAAUGGCCCAUGCAAACGCAAAACCACAAGGUACCAUCAACAGCAUACACCACAUUCGACAGAAACCUGAAAGAAUGUGUUCUAUUUGCUCUAAGAAAUUCUAUACCUUACCAGAAUUAAAACAGCAUAUAACACAACACGGCCCAGACGAAAAGCAUGUUUGUCACAUUUGUGACAAGACUUUUGAUACCCAUAAACAAUUUGCUAAGCAUAUCAAGUCGUACACGCACUUACGUAAAGCAGAUCCGAAUGUACGGUUCAAUUUUCAAUGUCAAGAGUGCGACUUUACUAGCCAAACCAACAGAGACAUGGAACACCAUGUAAAUAUUACUCAUUUUAAGAGUAAACCCUACGUGUGCGAUGUUUGCAGCAAAGCAUUUACAACUCAAAACACUCUGACUGCACAUCUCGGGAUACAUACAGGCGUGAAGCGGCAUCAGUGUGAAAUAUGCGAGGCAAAGUAUAGUUCGGCCACUGGACUGAAAAAGCAUGUUUACAGACAGCAUUCAGGGAAAAUGCCAAACGCGUGUGAUAUGUGCGAAAAAGCAUUUGUCUACCAAAGCGAGCUGGAUCUGCAUAAGUUGAGAAGACACAGCGAAAGGACCAUCCCCUGCCCGCUAUGCCAUGGAAAGUUCCACGCAUUAUCCAACGUGCGUAGUCACGUGAUGGCAGUUCACGCCAAAGGACGGACACUCAGAGAGAUGAUAGAACAAGAUGGCGUCGACUGUGAGAAGGAACUGUUUGAGGUUAUGAGGGAUAGGAGGCUGAAUGUUAUUGAGACUUGAACGGGGGUUGUUAUUAAAUUAUUUUUGUGUACAA